GUUUUCUUGUGGGCUGCGUCCGUGUGUCAGUUUUUGUUCUAUUAAAGGUAUUCGAGGCAAUGUUGCAUGUGAUCAUGUGCUUGACGUUAGCUUAACGGUAACUUGUGUACAGCCAAACUAACGUUACGCUAUUAAAUUUGACGCUGGUUAGUUAGAUAUGACUCUUGCUACACAAUCAAUGUCUCUCAUUGUUCGGUUUUUGGUAGUUAUGUGUUUUUAGUUUUGAGGGUUACCUAAAUUCCUAACAGCUACAGGUUGAGUUUGUCGUUAGCUUGCUCGUGGUGGCUAAUAGUGUUAGCCAGGCUUGCUAGCUACAAGUGCACGUUUUUCAACGCUACGUUCAUCGUUGUAAGACGAAACGAUAAACGUCGAGAACCGAAACAUGCAAAGGCGUGCUUAGCGUUAUACAAGGAAUUGCCAAUUGUGCCCCGCCCAAUAAUUCAACAACAAUUUGUGCCGCUGUGCUAAUGGUUUACGUUAGCUAACGGAAGACCGUUGGUUAGCGCUAAUGGUUUGGCAGAAUGUUGGCUUUGCGGCCAUCAUUGACUGUGUCGGGUGGGCAGGAGAUCCUUUAACCUUGUACCAAGACCAAUGAUUACUGCUGUGAAGCCUUUGUUUUGUUUGAAGGAGCAUUUUGUUACUCAUCACUACUGAACUGCAGACAUUCAGUUUGAAAGUAGUGAUUGACUCCAUCAUCUAUGGAGGAGAAUGCGAGCCCUGAGCUCUCUCUAGCUCCUGAGCCAGGGCAGAGCCAGGACCAUAUGGAUAGCUGCUCUCAAGCCUUCUUUGAUUGUCUCUUCACAGGUUUUGGAGAAGGGGAUAGCGAGCAGAAGGACCAGUUUCAAACCGAAAGCGAGAAUGUGGCCAAAGAGACACUAGAGGAGCCAGAUAAAUAUUCCAAAGCCAACAGUGAAGUAAAGAAGACUUGGGGUUUCAGACGGUCCACUGUUGCAAAAAGAGAGAUGCCAGUAGAGACAGCAACCGAAAGCCCUGAAAACCGCUGUCCUGUACGUCGCAGUGGCAGGCAGUCUAAGCGUACUGACAAACUAGAGGAAUUCCUCUUGACUGCCAAAAGAGGAUCAAGAAAGAGCGCUCCCCCCAGUCUGGAAAGCGGAGAUCCUCCUUCCCAAACCCCAACUGAUGCAGAGACUGCGUCAGAGGCCAGCUUUGAUGGUAACGCUGACCCCAAGGCUGUAGAGGACAAGGUAGAGUCCCCAGAGAGGAGGACGAGAAGUGGUGCAAGGAAGCAGACCCAAAGGACAACUCGAGGUGGCAGACAGACCCGAGGAGGCGAUGGAAUGACAGUCAAAGAUGAGGGAAGCUCUGAGAACGAGGAGGAAAUCAGAGAAGCUGCCAAGAAGGACCACUUACCGGAUGAAGAUGAGGAGAAAAAAGACGAAAAGAGUUAUCCCAGUCCUGAAGAUGUAGGGAGCACGAAUACAGUACAGCCUCAGCCAGAGCAGGACUCUGAGAAGAAAGAGGUUGAGGAGAAGAACAAACAUGGAGAUGACAAAGUGGAUUCAGAGAAGGAGACUGAUAAAGAGACUGACGAGGACAGUAGAGACAAGCCUGCAGCAAUGUCGGUAAAACGUGGACCAAUAAGAACUUACAUCAAUAAAAAGAAGGCAGCCAAUAAGAACAGUACCCCUGUUAAAGCUCCUGCCAACAAGAGCACCACUCCUGUCAAGAGGGAGACCAAGCCUACCCAAGCAUCUGGAAAGACACGCAAGCCCCAGACACAAGAGGAUAAUGAUGGUGAGAAUGAUGAUGAGAAUGAUGAUGAGAAUGACGAUGAGAAUGACUCUUCAACGUCUUCGUCUUCAUCAUCCAUUGACUCUGACGAUGGAGGUUAUGACCCCAAUGCACUUUACUGCAUCUGCCGCCAGAAACACAACAAGAGGUUCAUGAUCUGCUGUGACCGCUGCGAGGAGUGGUUCCAUGGAGACUGUGUGGGCAUCACAGAGGCCCGAGGGCGUCUGAUGGAGAGAAAUGGGGAAGACUACAUCUGCCCUAAUUGCACCGCUAAGAAAAACCAGGUGGUCAGACCCGCCACAUCUAUCCUCUCUACAUGUACAGAGAUUGGGAAGCCCAAAGCUGAUGGUGCUCCUCCAACUUCUGCUCUUGCUGUUUCUGCUGUGACCUCUUCUGCAACUGCUGAGAAAUCUACCACCAGUGGAGUAGAUGCUAGUCCGUCAGCUGUUCAGGCUGUGGCAGCACCUCCGUCCUCCACAUCUGCUGGAACCGAAGAGAAGGGAGCUGAGGACCUGGGCAUCAAAGGCAGGAUAGAGAAAGCUACUAAUCCAACUGGGAAAAAGAAGAUAAAGAUCUUUCAGCCGGCUGUACAGCAGCCAGCCGUACCAAAAGCAGACCAAAAAUCGACACUAACCGUGGAAAAGAAGGCAACACCCACAGCAGAGCAGAAAGCACUACCAGACACAGAGCAGAAAGUGGCAUCAAACGUGGAGGUGAAAACAACAACAACAACAGCAGCAGCAGCAGCGGAGGUGCCAGAGGAGAAGGCUGGGCAGAAUGCUGAGGAGUCUUCACUUCCCAAAUGUAUCGGGCCUGGCUGUGAGAAUAACGCCCAGCCAGACUCUGUGUACUGCGGCAACGACUGUAUCCUGAGACAUGCUGCUGCGGCCAUGAAGUCCAUCACUGAUGUCAAAGAGCCCAAGCAGAAGGACAAAGCCAAGACUCAGAAAAGCAAGUCUACACCAAAGAGGAGCGGCGCGGGUGGAAAGAAGACACUGAAGAAAACCCGGGAGGAGUCGGACAGCGAGGAAGAUCACAGUCCUGAUUCAGAUGAGGACGACGAAGAUGAGCAUGCUGAGGAACACCCGCCCCCGCCAGCCACUGCAUCCUGGUCCAGCGACCAUAAUUACAUUGCAGUAACACCAGAAAAGACUACACCCAUAUCACCAACAGUGUUAAACAAAAAGUCCCCCCCAAAAGAAGAGAAGCAGAGUGAGAAGGAACAGAAAGAGAAGGAACCAGCCCCGGCUCCUGAGAAACCUUCCCCAGCGUCCGCAACACCAGUCAAAGGAAACAAAAAGUCCCCGACCACUAAAGCAGCCAAGGUUUCCCCAAAGGGCAAGAAGCCUUCCCUUCAGACUAUCAGCUCAAAGGCGUCCAAGAAACCUGCGACACCCCCAAGUAGAACUGCAGCUAAGUCCAAGAAACCAGGUCCUUCACCCGUCCAUGCACCGUCUCCCUUUCCUCCAGGUCCGAUCCACGUCACAGGAGCACUGAGAGUCACCAAGUCCAACUUUACCAUUCCUAAAAAGCAGCCACAACAAAAGGAUGCUCCAUCCCAUAGUCAGUCCUCCUCAUCUUCCAGAAUCUCAUCAUCUCCAGUUUCUUCAGCUUCCUCCAGCCACUCCUCGUCCUCCAGACCUCCACAUCCAACUGCUUCAGCGCCCCCUGUGUCCACCAUGCCGCCGCCACCCAACAACCAGAUGAGACAGAACAUCCGCCGCUCGCUGACAGACAUCCUCUAUAAGAGGGUGAGCGACAGUGAUGAUCUGAAAAUGACUGAGAGUGAGGUGGGAAGGCUGGCAGUUGCCAUUGAAAAGGAAAUGUUCAACCUCUGCCUUAGCACUGACAGCAAGUACAAGAACAAAUACAGGUCCCUCAUGUUCAACCUGAAAGAUCCUAAAAACAAAGGCUUGUUCUACAGGGUGGUGGGUGGUGAGGUUAGUCCCUUCAGACUGGUGAGACUAAGUGCCGAAGAGUUGCUUUCCAAAGAGAUAUCUGAGUGGAGGAAGCCCGAUGCUCCUGAGGCCCUGUCUUCCAGUGCAAGGGUCCAUUCGGGGCAGUCCAAACUGGGCAACAGGCAUGACUCUGGCUCACAUAGCAUUGAUAUGGAGGAUGCUCCACCAACAUCUGAUGCAGAUGUAUGUAUCUCUGCCACCACUUCAUCUACUCGCAUGGCUUCUGCUGCAGACCUAGAUGAGUCUAGCUCCACUCCCUCAGCUUCGGCUCAGCCCUCUGCUGUGGAGGGGAACAGUGGCAGCAGCAUGCCCGACAUUUUCAGUAACAUGCUCAAAGACACCACUUCUGAACACAGGACUCAUCUAUUUGACCUCAACUGUAAAAUAUGCACAGGUCAGAAGAUGGAAGAUGAGCCUGCAGCUAAGAGAGCCAAACUGAUCAAGAAGCCUGAAAAUAAGCCGCCCAGACAAGAGCUGCAUUCGUCCAGGUCAGGGGAUGUCUCUCCCGUCGGCCAAACACAGGUCCCCACAGCUUACCAGCACCAAGACCCCUUAGCCUACCAACACCCAAUCCCUCCAUCCUACCAAUCUAACAUGGAGCCAGCUGUCUCAGAAUCACAGCCGCAGCUUUAUCAGGAGGCACCUCCAGCCCCUGCCCCCGCACCAGUCACCCCCACCGUGUCCUCCGUCAGCAUCACCCGCAGAGACCCACGCAUGGCCAGGCACAGCUCCAGUGUGACUGUCACCUACACUGCUCCAGAAAAGCCCAUCAACAACUCAGCAGAACCACUCCCAGCUCCUGUUAGUGCUCCAGUAGAGAGUGGACCCAAGGCACCACUGCCGAUGCCCCCAGCUCCACCACCUUCAAUAGCUGUGUCCAAACCAGCGAAAACAAGUACAUCCGAGCCUCCUCCUGAGGGUGAGACAGCAAUCUUCCUCCAUGGUCAAGAGAAGAUUUGGAAAGGAUUAAUCAACAUGCAGUCAGUGGCUAAAUUUGUGACCAAGGCUUAUCUGGUGUCAGGAUCCUUUGAACAUCUGAAGGAGGAUUUGCCAGACACCAUUCAUGUUGGAGGACGGAUAUCUCCAAACACAGUGUGGGACUAUGUCGGGAAACUGAAAACCUCGCUUUCCAAGGAACUGUGUCUGAUCCGUUUCCACCCAGCCACAGAGGAAGAGGAGGUGGCAUAUGUCUCUCUCUUCUCUUACUUUAGCAGCAGGAAACGAUUUGGUGUGGUGGCUAACAACAACCGGCGCAUCAAAGACCUCUAUCUCAUCCCACUGGGCUCAAAGGACCCAUUACCGUCUAAACUCUUACCAUUUGAUGGGCCAGGUCUUGAACCAGCUCGUCCCAACCUCCUCUUGGGGCUGCUGAUCUGCCAGAAGGACAGAAAGCGAGCUGGUGCUCCGUUGGAAACUGAGGAAAAACGGUCCAAGACUCAAAACAAGGAUGCCGAUGACACUGGCCUUCCAAAGCCAACUCCUUCAGUCAGAGCAGAAAGAAACUCACGACAGAGUCUCGAAAUCCCCUUCAGCACAACUCCUCCAGGGUCACCUCCACCCAGCUCCUCUGAGACCUCAAGCAGCACCGUGACCACCUCCUCAGUCCUUUCCUUCUUGUCCUCUGUCAAAGCUCCAGCAACAUCCACUACCACUGGCAAGGACUCCCCAUCUUCUUCCAGCUCUGUUGCUUCCUCUGCAGCAGCUGCCACUCCUCUUCAGACCAUCCUCAACACUCUUUUUGGGAAGAAAAAGCACGACUCAGAAGCUUCCAACUCUUCAUCUGAUCAGAGUGGAGAACUCUCCGUCCCGCCGGGUACAAUGCUAGACCCGAUUGUGCAGCAGUUUGCACAGAUUUCUAAAGAGAAACAGGUUGAGGAGGACGAAGAUGACCGACCGUAUGAUCCAGAAGAAGAGUAUGACCCCAGUAUGGGCUACAAUGUUCCUAAGAAGCCUGUUGAAGUAGUAAGCAAACCUGAAAUCUCUAAGCAGCCUGAGGUGGUUGCGAAUGAAAGUGAUGAUGUGGCGUACGACCCAGAAGACGACUCAAUUUUUGACGAUGUGAAAACUUUAGUACCAGGUCAAGCUAAGGCUGCAGCUGAAUCUGUCACUGAUCCACAAAAGAUCUUGGAGAGCCUUAAACAGAUUGGGGAUCAGACAUUCCAGAAACAGGGAGAACAGCAAAUUUCAUCCACAGGGACACCUGGUGCCUCACUGACACUUCCAGACACACUCUUGACUGAACCUACCAAAUCCCUUUUGGUCAAUACUCAGCUACUGCAGCUUGGCAAAAAGGUCGAGGAACUAGUGAAGUCUUCAUCUGUUGCUCCCUUGAUCAACCAGAGGAGAGAUCCCAGACAGAGCAGGGAUCCUCGCCAGGCUGCGGCUGGCAGGAAACUGACCGAUGAACCUGAGGAGAAAGAGGAGACAUCUGCUCUGUUGGCAGAUUCUACUCCUUCCUCACAACCUGUAGUUCAAGAGCCUCAGUCGUCUAAUGUAGCUGAACUCCCAGACUCUUUGCAAGGCCCAGAGACAUCACUGCCUCAAGAGGAAGUGAAAAGCGAGACGCUACCCUUCAUGGAGUCAGACAAGGCAGAGGUGUCAAUUCCAUUAUUAGGAGAGGAGAUGGAACCUGAUAUGGAGGUCAACUACAUGGAUGAGAAAGAGGUGAAAACUGAGGAAACUGAGCCAAUCAAGGAGGAAACACAAAUGGAUAAGUACAGUAUUUGGCCAAAUGCUGCCAGUAUUUUAAAAGCUGGUGAGGACUCAGAGUAUGAGGAGAAUAGCCAAGAUACACCAACCACAAGUUACUAUAAUGAGCUUGCAAACACCUCCACAAUAACUUCGACAAUUCCAGUACUCACUCAGAGCACAACCAUGGUUGACACUCAGUCCCAUCACAUGCCACACCACAUGUCAGUGUCAGGCUUCGACAGCGAAUACAGACCUCCAGCUGACAUUCCCCCACCAUCCAACUUCCCCUCGUCCCAUUCAAUGCAAGGACAAAACCUGAUAAUGAGGCCUCCUCCGAUGUCUAUGCCACCACCCAUGCAGGGUCUUCCUCCAAUGUCAGGCCCCCCUCCUAUGCAAGGACUCCCUCCACCCAUCCAUGUUCCUCCCCCUGUAAGUGGUCCUCCUCCCAUGCAGGGUGACAGCAGCCAGCAAUAUGGUUCACUUCCGGCUGCAUACUCUCCGUAUCAGAACCAGUGGCCAGGCACCCAGCCACCGCAGCAGCAGCAGCAGCAGCCUCCUCCUGGACCACUUCCUCAGAAUAUCAUGCCACCCAGAGGACCACCACCACCAUUCCCUCCAGUGGCCCAGAGAGGCCCUGCUCCUCAAAUGUUUGAACCCUCCAUUCCCCCUCAGCACCUUGGACAGCAAGGCCUGCCUCCAGGCCUUCCCCCACCUCCUGCUUUUGAUGGACAGAACAGUUUACCUCCACCAAGAUUCACUGGUCCUCCACCGCCAUUUAAUUUCCCUGCAAACAGAGGCCCUCCUCCACCUUUCACAGGGCUCCCUCCCAGUCACUUUGAUAACAGACUUCCUCCUCCGUCCCACUUCCCAGGGCCCAGGGGUCCCCCACCAUCUCAAUAUGGUGACCAUGGGGCUCAACCCUCAAUGGUAGACCAACCUCGGGGCCCUGCAGAACAGUAUAACAAAGACAAUUCUAACUCUUUCAAGCUAAAUGUGGACCAGAAUCCAAACCCUCUGCAUGUUUUUAAAGACAAUCAGGGUCCCCCGCCAGGUCCAGCAUAUCGGGGACCUCCACCUAACCAGUAUGAGGACAGAAGAGGCCCACCUUCCAGUGGCGAGAUGAGUGGACAGCACUUCAAUCCACAUAACCAGUAUGGGAGCUCCAGACCACAUUCGUCACCACCACAUAGAGGAUCUUUUGAUGAGCCCAGAGGUCCCCCCCCCCAUGAGAAUAGACCCCAUCCUUCUCAGCGUUUUGGAGGAUCAGAGCGGUACCGCUUUGAUAGGCACUCUGAUGAAGCUAGACCUGUUCGCCAUAGCGGGCCACUACUGCCAACUCCUCCAGAGGCUCCCAUAGGUCCUCCAAGUCGCAUGGGAGCCCACAGUCCAGAUCUGCACUGGCGCCGCCACUCUCCUGAAAUGAGGAGGAGGAGCAGCACUAACCGAGAGGACUCAGAACCCCGCAGCGGAGAUCGCUUCAGUCGUUUCGAAGGAGGGCACAGAGAACCUGCCCCUGGUCCCUCACAACCCUCUGAAGAGAGACCAAAGGAACUGUCCGAGGACCGCCGGAGGGAAAGAGAGCGUGAAGUCCCCCACGCUGGCAGGACGUCAUGGGACAGGGGCCAGGGCAAGCAGUGGAGCAGAGAGCGAGAGCGAGAGUGGGAUAGAGGUAGAGAAAGGGACCGCGAUCGGGAGCGUAGCCGAGAAAGAGACCGCAGCAGAGGGAGAGAGGGCGAGAGGCACAGGGAGACGGAGGGAGAGCGACACAGGGAUCAAGACACAGACAAGAGGAGAGACCGGGAGAGAGACAGGGAAAGAGACAGAGCCAGGGAUUCUGACAGGAGGGACUUCGACCGCGACAGAGGGAGAAACCGUGACAGAGAGCGUGAACGUGAACGUGACCGUGACCGUGAACGAGAGCGAGACAAGAGACGGGACAGAUCCCGAAGCAGGGAACGCGACAGGGACAGAGACCGUGGGAAAGACCGGGGCAGGGACAGAGACAGGGAGAGGGAGAGAGAUAGAGACAGGGACAAAGACAGGGAUCGUAGGGACAGGAGCAGAAGCAGAGAAAAGAGAGAAGAGAAAAAAGACAGUAAACAUGAUACACCCAAGGAGAGUGAUAAAACUGCACAAAAUGACAAGAACAUGUCCUAGUCUCUGUUUUAUGGACACUACAUUAUGGUUUUGAGAGACACUUCAAUCUUUCACCAGUUGAAAUCAACACUGUAAAUGUAAAUGAGCAGUAUUUCGUUAAAUUUCCACAGUUGUGUUCCUACUAGAAAAAAAGUUUGACAAUGUUUGUAUUGUUUUUGUCACGGUUUCUAAGUUUGUUUUAUCACAUUUGAAAAAAAGAAACUGAAGGCCAUCUAAGUUGCUUGUGGACAAGAUGUAUUCUGAGUUCUAUUACAUGUACCUUCCUCCUGUCAAAGCAUUUUUUAAGAAAACAAUGAUGUAACUGAUUAACACACCAUUUGCAAUAUGUAAAUAUGAAUGUAUUUGUGUAUAUACUGAUGUUUUUAAUCAUACUUUUCUAACUAGAGAAAAUAAAAGCCAUAUAUCUGAAAUAGAUAAUGUGAAAGUUAGGGCAACACUGUUUACACACAAAUGUGUGUUUAUAUGUCCAACAGCUUUGAACUUAAAGGCUCCAACUAUCUACAGUAUACACCCCAUCAAUGGUUGUUAAUGAAAUGUCCUGAUUUUGUUUCAGCUCAACCAAUUAAACCUGUUUGAUGACAA